AACAAAUGAAGAGUCUAAUCUCUUCAAAACAGAGCCAAACAGAACAAAAAAUGGCCGUCUCUGCUCUAUCCUUUGCUUUCUCUUCACUUUCACCUCCAAAAUCUUCACUGUGCUCGUUUCCAGAGAAAUCCCAGGUAGUCUCAAAGUUGCAAAAAAACAGUAGCCGUGGUAGACGAGUCUGGCGCCGGAGGAAAUUGACUAAGGAAGAUGAUCUAUUGCGAUAUAAAUUGGAGCGAGUUCCUUUCCUUGAGGAGCAGGUUAGAAAGAUUAAAGACGAAGGAAAGUUAUUGACAAUGGAUAUCCACAGAUUGUUACUAUCAGAGGAUAACAGGUUUGAUUUUGUGAAUGAGAUUGCAGCUGAGGCCAUAGAGUAUGUUGAGAACAACAGAGAUGACUACGGAGGAAAGAAAAAAGCCAUUUUACAUGUGCUUAGCAACCGUAUGAACGAUGCUGGGUAUUCCCGUCCGGUGGCAUAUGAAGAAUCCGACCCCUUCCUGCCAGGGCCUACUUAUUUGAGGCAGGAGCUUGAAUAGACCUUGAUAUUAGUUAGAUCUGCCAUGUUCAAUAACCUUUGGCUAAAGGCUGUUAUUAUAAAAAAAAUAAAAAAAUAAAAAAAGAAACAUUAAAGGCUGUAUUUUCUAAUUCAUAGUGUAUUGGCUUUCUGUUUGAUAUGUUA